AUCACACAAGCCUUUCUAUCAUUUGCCACGACACUUUGACUAACAGAUGUACCAUGGACGCUAGAAUUGACACACCACUAGGCUAGGUGAGGUGGCCCCAGAUUUAGCCGCGCAGCUACGAAUGGCGUAUAUGUAGUAGGGAAAGCCUGGCAGAAAUGGGGGCGCCUUCGAGAUCUUAUGUUUCUCAGGCUGACGUUUAUGGUCGAAAAUUGAUUCUGGCAAGGACUGCUAGAUGACCUACGAGUCUGUCGAGUCGAAUCAGAGACAGACAGACAGACAGUUGGUGGCUGGUUUGGAUCUGUCCCCAUACUAUCAAACAGGCUACUAUCCUUGGCUAUGGCAAAGGGUAUCAUCAAUCUACAUAUCGGACACAAACCGGAUCAUGGACUAGCAAUAUCUGUGGACGGGCGAGAAUCAUCCACAGGCGCCCCAGAAACGCAGGACAUCCUCCCCAAUGGCCUGGGAAGCUGCCCCAAGAACGAAGGACCCAGAUGGUACAGUGCCUGGCUCUCGGCACAAUUCAACGAGCUCCCGGCCGAAGUCUUUGACAUAUUCCACUCCGAACACGAGCACUGCACCCCCGGAAGCCACUGGGACCUGUUCGUAUCCGCCUUCCUCGCCAUAGCCGAGAGCAUAGUAUCCACCAGCAACAUAACCAUCGACGGGGUGAUCAUCCAGCUCCUGGACAAACAGCUCAUGCCAACCGAUGCCUCCCCAGAAACCCUCCAGUACGCGCGCUACUUUAUCUUCAGCGUUCUGGGCUGGCAAACCAUGCUCUUCCAGCCCGCCCGGCCCACCGACCAGCCACAGCAACAGCCACAGCCACCCCAGCAGCUCGCAAUCAACGAGCAGAGAGGAUGCUGCGAGUUCACGCACAUGGAUCUCCAGCAGCCGAUGGGCGUCUGCGCACACGAGCCCCUCAGCGAACUCCUCAUGGGUUUCGGGAUCCUCCUCCCCGCCACGAACAUCUGUCUGAACGACGACCCAGACGUGCAGCAGGUCUUCCAUCACCGGACAGAAGUCAACGCCAAGACGUUCAACGCGUACAGCCUGAGUUCUAUCGCCGGCAUCAGGAUCAAAUGGGUGGAUGCGCUAGCGUGCCACUUGGAGUUCAACUCCACCACGAAGGAACUGUCGCUCUUUCGAUUCCCGUCGUUUUGUCUGCUGAGUCUGGAGUCGUACGCUCGUCGACGACGUCGAGGGUGCAUCCACGCCUGCGCUACGACCAGCAAAUUGCGCUGUCAGUGGGCCACCGAGGAGGACGUGGAUCAGCUGCUCCGCGAGAUCCUUCUCUCCUACCGGCUGCUUUUCGCGCAGACGAAGAAAGCCCGUCGGGUUUUUCGCGCGGUGGAUCCGUUCGCGCACGGCCCCAGGGAGAGUCGCGAUUUGCUGUUGGGGAGCUUGUGUGGGAAGAGGAAGAACAAUGAUGACCGCAACAAUAACAGUGAUAUGAUGAUGGUGUUGUGUGGAUUGGGUGUUCCCCUGCAGAAAGAGACUUAUUGUCUCCCGAGGGAUUUUCCCGUCCUGCGGUAUCGGAUUACCGUCUUGCAGAGGCUGUUGGAUACUACCACGGCGAGAACGUGGGCUCAGCUAUGGAGGGAUAAGAGGGAUUCGGCGAACUGGUUGACCUUCUGGGCGGUCAUCUUUUUUGGCGCCUUUGGGUCGUUGAUGGCCUUUAUGCAGGUUGUUUUGCAGUUUGUGCAGUUGUUUGUAACGUAGUUGGUGAGUUUGGACAGGUGGGUAUGGGUGCUUGGACUGAAUUGGCGACUGAAUUGGGUUGUGAUAGAGACAGAAGCGCUGUAAUAGGUUUGUGGAGUCGCUUAAGAUAGGCAUAGC